AUGCGCGUGGCCGUCCUGGGCGCGGGGGUGCUGGGUCUCUCCACUGCGCUGUGCGUGCACGAGCAGUACCACGGGCUGCUGCCCUGCCUGGAGCUGCAGGUCUAUGCAGACAGCUGCACACCCCACACCACCAGCGACGGGGCAGCCGGCCUGUGGCAGCCCUACCUCAGCGACCACGGCAACCUGCAGGAGACGCUCUGGAAUAAAGAGACCUUUGAUUACCUCCUGGGGCACCUGAACUCGGCGGCAGCGAAGGAAAUGGGGCUCUUCCUAAUUUCUGGCUACAACCUGUUCACGCAGCCGGUGCCGGACCCAUCUUGGAAAAACAUUGUCCUGGGAUUCAGGAAAUUGACACUGAAAGAGCUUGAGCUCUUCCCUGGUUACAGCUCUGGGUGGUUCAACACAGCCCUGAUGCUGGAGGGCAGGAGCUACCUGCCGUGGCUCACCCGCAGGUUAAUGGAGAGAGGGGUGAAGUUUUUCCAUAAGAAGGUUGAAUCUUUCCAGGAGAUGUUUGCCCAGGGUGUGGAUGUCGUGAUCAACUGCACUGGGGUGCGUGCAGGGGAGCUGCAGCCUGACCCAGAGCUACAGCCUGCCCGUGGACAGAUCAUAAAGGUCCUGGCCCCAUGGGUGAAGCAUUUCAUCAUCACUCACGACACCAAAGCCGGCAUCUACAACUCGCCGUACGUCAUCCCGGGGAGGGACUUCACAGUCUUGGGAGGGGUCUACCAGCAUGGCAACUGGAAUGAAGAAAACAGUGCUGAGGACCACAAAACCAUCUGGGAGAACUGCUGCAGGCUGCUCCCUGCACUUCAGACUGCAGAGAUCGUGGAGGAGUGGAGCGGCCUGAGACCGGCACGGCCCCGGGUGCGCCUGGAGCGGGAGACGCUGCAGCAUGGGCAGCUGCAGGGAGAGGUGAUCCACAACUACGGGCACGGCGGGUUUGGGAUCACCAUGCACUGGGGCUGUGCCAUGGCUGCAGCCAGGCUCUUGGGGAGCAUCCUCCAGGAGAAGCAGCUGGCCAGGCUGGCACAGCCCCGCUUGUGA